CGCAGGUUCCUCGCCUCCAAGGAGCAGUUCCAUGCCUACCUGCGGGCCGGGGGCGAGCCCGGCGGCCAGGCGGGCACCGAGGAGGAGGAGGAUGAGGCUGAAGAGAAGAAGGAGGAGGAGGAGGCUGGCAGCUGCCAGGGCGAGCCCCCCGCCAAACGGGUGAGGUCGGAGGACCUUGGUCAGGACGGGGAAAGCCGAGAGGAUGCUGGAGCAGCGGAGAAGGAGCCCACGGAGCGGAAGCGGGCCCGGGGGCAGAACAAGAGCAGGCCCUGUAUGAAACCCAACUGCUACGAGCAGAGCCGGCUGUGCCUGUCGGUAAUGCAGGGGUGUGCAGAGAAGUGCUACUUUGGCCCACGGUGCCGCUUCCUUCACGACAUCGGCGAGUACAUGGCCGCGAAGCCGGCCGACCUGGGGCGCAGCUGCGUGCUCUUCGAAACCUUCGGCAAGUGCAUUUACGGCGUCACCUGUCGCUUUGCCCAGGCCCACCUUGGGGACGGCUACCAGAACAUCGUCAAUGGGGACCUGGCCAAGCAGUGGGAAGGGAAGUCGCUGGUGAGGAAUAACCUCUCCAAGGACCUCCAGCACCAGCUGCGCAAGAAGAAGUUUAGCUUCAAGAAGGCUGACGCGUACCUCCGUGGUCUGGCCAAGCCCCAUGGCAAUGGUGGGAAGGGAGGCAAAGCCAUGGGUCUCCCUACGGAGGAGCAAGAGGUGUCCAACUGCACAACACCCCAGGAGGGUCUGGGAGAUGGCCCCAAAUGUGCUGUGCUGUCGGAGCAGGGAGAAGAUCCCAAACCAGAUGCCUUGCAGAGUCCUGGCCCCACAGGUAGCAAGGAGGCUUCCUCCAUCAAAACAGUGGGCCCGGUGACAGAUGAAGAUAUUAUAAAGCUGCGGUCAUGUGAGAAGAGGAAGUUGGAAAUCCAAGGCAAGCUCUACUUGGCUCCACUGACCACGUGCGGUAACCUCCCUUUCCGAAGGAUAUGCAAGCGCUUCGGGGCCGACGUCACCUGCGGAGAGAUGGCUGUGUGCACAAACCUGCUGCAGGGCCAGUCCUCCGAGUGGGCUCUCCUCAAACGGCAUCAUACCGAAGAUAUUUUUGGGGUGCAGCUGGAGGGAGCGUUUCCAGACACGAUGACCAAAUGUGCAGAGCUCCUGAACCAGACAAUUGAAGUGGACUUUGUAGACAUCAAUGUUGGGUGUCCCAUUGACCUGGUCUACAAGAAGGGAGGAGGCUGUGCUCUGAUGACUCGGUCCAACAAGUUUGAACAGAUUGUCCGAGGGAUGAACUCGGUGCUGGACGUCCCACUGACUGUGAAGAUACGGACAGGGGUGCAAGAAAAGAUUAACGUGGCUCAUAAAAUAAUCCCCAAGAUCCGGGAGUGGGGAGCAUCCAUGGUCACGCUUCACGGCCGAUCCAGGGAACAGCGCUACACGAGGAGCGCUGACUGGGACUACAUAGCAGAAUGUGCCAAAAUAGCAAGCCCCAUGCCUCUUUUUGGAAACGGUGACAUUUUGUCUUACGAAGACGCUAAUCGAGCCAUGCAGUCGGGUGUUUCGGGAAUCAUGAUUGCAAGAGGGGCACUCAUCAAACCGUGGCUUUUCACUGAAAUUAAGGAGCAGAGACACUGGGAUAUCUCCUCCGGCGAGAGGUUUGGGAUCCUCAGAGACUUCACCAACUACGGCCUCGAGCACUGGGGGUCAGAUACGCAGGGGGUGGAGAAGACCAGGAAGUUCCUGCUGGAAUGGCUCUCGUUCCUGUGCAGGUAUAUUCCAGUUGGCCUGUUAGAACACCUACCUCAGAAAAUCAACGAGCGGCCGCCUUACUACAUGGGGAGAGACUACCUGGAGACGCUGAUGGCGAGCCAAAACGUGGACGAUUGGAUUAAAAUAAGUGAGCUGCUUCUGGGACCCGUACCUCCCAGCUUCACCUUCCUGCCUAAACACAAGGCAAACUCCUACAGAUAGGGCUGCCGAAGCCCUUUCCCGUGGCAUCGAGUCAAGGGGAGGCGUUGGACGGUCGAGGAGC